AUGGCAGAAGAUCUCCCGCCCCGUCUCGAACGAGACCCAACGAACGAGCAGGCCCCAAAUUAUGACACGACUCCAGACCACCCAGUCGUCGCCUUGCUCGUGAGGAACGGUGUCGAAAAGGCUGCUGCGAUCGCACAGUUGAACGACGCCUGGAAAAGUCAGCACGAUACGGAGGUUGCCCAAUGGCAGAAUCAGGUCGCCCGAGACCAGGCGACGAAGAACGCGGAGGAAGAGCAAGCCCGCCUACAACGCGAAGAAGCCAUAGCACGCCGCCGGAUGGAGGAGGCGAAGAAGUACCCGGCCCUUCCGACCAUCGUCGCGCACAAGGCCAUGCCGCUCCACGUCCGGCCAACGGCAGCGCGUUUCGCCCUAGAGAAGCUCAUCAAGAAGGAAUUCGUGGAGUUGGACUACUGGUCGCCGACCGGGCUAGCUCGCGCCGCGGCGGGCAAGGCACCGAACGCGCCGCAGUCCCGCGUGCUCACGACAGAGAGCGAGCAACCAGAGGGCAGCGACAACGAGAACAUACGCAUCGUCGCCAACCCAGCCACAGCCCUACAGCUCUCCGGCAUCAGACCUGACGACAAACUCCCUUACGCCACCUUCAUCAAAGCAGUACCCAACUGGCUGCGAGCACUCGAAGACGCUCACUGGGACCCAGCACAUAUCGCCGCCUUCGAACGACUUUUCGUCACAAUCCUAGAUCACCCAGAUCUCGCUCAAGAGACUAAGGACGCUGAUGCACCGCCGGACGAAGCCCUCGUCAAAUAUUUCGCGAAGACCCGACUGCACUAUCACUCCGAGCUCAAGCGCAACGUCGAAGAAAUAUGGGAUUUCAGCCGGAUCGACGAGGCACAGCUUACCAAAAUCAAGUCCGAUCUCGAACACGAACGCUCGCAAGAGCAACGACUCGCGAUGAAAGCAGAGCUGGCCGCUCGUGCCUCAGAGCGCUCUUCAUCGCGACUGUCCUUCGGGCGAGGUGAUCGCUACGACCGGCCAUCACGUCGCGACGACCGACUAGAUUCCCGACAAGACGACCGCGAGACCGCGAUGACCGGUACGACCGCCACAGCACCCGUGACCAAUACCGCGACCUACCGCGCCAAUCGCGCCACAGCUCCGGCUACUCCGACCGGCCUCAUUUUCCAUCGGGCGGGCCUGGACAGUCGACGUCCGCCUGUGCCCUAUGCCUCGGUCGGCAAUGCCACAACCCCAAGACCUGCAGCGCUACACACCUGGCCUACCACGCCUCCCGCGAGACCUACGCCAUACGAGGGCCCCAACCAGGCCAGUACAUCGGCCGCGAGUCGGGGAUAUCUCUCUGCCUCAGUUUCAACACGACAGGAUGUCGGCGAGACUCGUGCAAGUACGAACACUUGUGCACCGGUUGUGGCUCCAAGUACCACGGAGCUCAGGAGUGUUCUCUCAGCAAGGAGAGCAAGUCCGCUCACACCCCUUAAAGCCGACGCUUGGGAGCUCCUCCUUCACUCUCACGGUCUCCUUGACAAGUACCCUACGAUACCCGUCUCUAUCCGCAAUGGCUUCAUCAUCGGGGUUCCCCCCAUUACUCAUACGUUCACCCCUGCUAAUUCACGGAAUGUACAUGACAAUUACGAUAAGCUUCUCGAGAUCGUCCAUGCCGAACGCGCUAAAGGUAGAUACAUCGGCCCGCUCUCUCUUUCACAAGUCAUCGAACUCCUCGGUCCUUUCCAAACAUCUCCCCUCGACUUCCGCCCCAAACCCCACAAACCCCACAUCCUACGUCUCAUACAGAACCUAUCCUACCCGCACUCUCUACUCAAUGGUUGCAUAUCCUCUAUCAACUCCUCCAUCGACGCCUCGGACUAUCCCUGCACUUGGGGCACCUUUACGGCCGUCUGCUUACUUAUUUCCAUGCUCCCCCCUGGCUCUCAGGCCGCCUGUCGAGAUAUCUCGGAGGCGUACCGUGCCAUCCCGCUCCACCCGUCCCAGUGGCCCGGAGUGGUCGUUCGCUCCGGCGAGGACGAAUAUGACAUCGACACUAGCGCCAUGUUCGGAGGGAAAGCCUGCGCGGGCGUGUUCGGUCACGUCGCCGACGCGGGCGCAGACAUCAUGCGGGCGCGCGGCCUGGGGCCCGUCCUCAAAUGGGUCGACGAUCACAACUUCUUCCGCGUUCUCCGGGAGCACCUCGCAGAGUUCAACCGCUGCCGGCGUGAAGUACGGGCACGCAUCGCAAGCCGUGGCGGCCGCAGACAAUCGGGACAACGGGCUUGGUAUGAAGGAGGACGUCUCCCCGACGACCGCCUUGAAGAGUUCUGUGAGGACUUUGCCUUCGACGUACUGGAUCUCUCGAGUUCCUCUGCUCGUUCCCCCGAAGACCGCCGCUUCUCCUACUCGUUCGUGGACAUUGACGAAAUCUCCACGACACUUGGUCUGCUUUGGAACCUCGAGAAGGAUCUCCUCUUCGCCUACAUCACGACCUACAUCGGCUUCGUCUGGGACCUCGAAAGAAGGACAGUAUCUCUGGCCCCGAGCAAAGUUGCAAAGUACAUCGCGACUAUCGACUCGUUUCUCGAAUCACCGCUCCACGUCUUACAGGAAGUCCAAGAACUGUACGGGAAGUUGUACCAUGCCUCCCACGUCGUCCACGUCGGCCGACCCUACCUCGCCUGCCUGGAAACCGCCAUGGGCACCGCCGCUGACCGUCCUUUCGUUCCGCGCGCCCCACCUGUCGGCACGCGAGCCGAUCUUCUUUGGUGGCGCGAACGACUCAGCCGCCCUUGUCUCGCACGCCCCAUCCCAACACCCGCCGUCGUCCACGACAUUUGUGCCUUCUCAGAUGCCAGCAGCUCCAUCGGCAUCGGCAUCAUCAUCGGGGACCGGUGGCGUGCAUGGCGGGUCCUCCCUGGCUGGAAACGUCGCGGUUUCGACAUCGGAUGGCUCGAGGCCCUUGGGUUCGAGUUUCUCGUUUACGCAGCACUGGCGCAACGACUCCCCGGGAACCGCAUCAAGCUUUGGGGCGAUAACAAGGGCGUCGUCGAGGGCUGGGAACGUGGUGCCAGUCGCAACCCCGCCUGCAACGAUGUUUUCAAGCGCAUCCUCGGAGUCCUCGAACAGUGCAACAUCUCUGUCGUGGCGCGAUACGUCCAGAGCGCGCGGAACCCCGCCGACGAGCCGUCUCGGGGGAAAUACCCACCACGAGCUCUCCUCCUCCCGCCCGUACCCAUCCACCAGGACAUUGCGCCCUUCGUCGUCGACUUUGACACACCCAUACAACCCGCCGAGCGUCUCACUCCCCAGCCGACGGCCGCGACACCGAGGGCGGGAGCCUCUUCCACGACCCGAUCUUCUGGAGGGACACCUAGCCGGUUCAACCAGCCCAUCGCACCCCGUUUUCCCGUUGCCGUUGCGCCUCGACCAUACAAACCGCACUUGACCCCGAACCCCUCCUUCUUGCGCAAGCACUGCCCUGCACGCGAGCGUCUAGUGGAGUGGAAGCCGGCACACCAGAGACCCGCACGAGACACGGCCGGGAAUAUUUUACCCAUCUCGGCGGCAGAUGUCGAACGCGUGCUCGAGGUCAUGCCGCACGCGUACGCCCUCGACACCUUGGAAGUUUACGGGUCAGGGUUGUUGGUCUACCACGUCUGGUGCGACAAACGAGAUAUCGGCGAAGAGGCGCGAUGCCCGGCUAGUGCCGACCUGGUCGAAGCCUUCGUCGCUUCCUGUGCAGGUGCAUACUCACGAAGCGCCGUCGAUAACCACCUCGCCGGGAUACAGGCCUGGCAUCUGAUACAUCGCCAACCCUGGAAAAUCGAUCAAAACCGCCUGUCACAUCUCACCAAGGCCGUCGAUCGCCUCGGACCCAGCAAACGAGCACCACGCCCGCCAUUCACGGUCGAACUCAUGACGAAGAUCUUGUCGCAGCUAGACAUGGCCUCCCACUUCGAUGUUGCAGUCAAAGCGUGCCUCCUGGUCACCUUCUGGUGCACAGCACGCCUCGGCGAGUUCACCCUCAAGAAGCUCGAUGACUUUGACAAGCCUCACAAGCACGUCCGGAGAUCACACUUCGAACUACGGCAAGCCUCUGGCCGGACCACACUCGUCUUCAAGCUCCCAUGGACCAAGACAAAAUCCGAUGGCGAGGACGUUUACUGUGCGCCCCAUCCCGAAUACGGGGUUUGCGACCCGUUGGAAGCUGUGCAAGUCCACCUCGCCCUCAACAACCCGGCACCUGAUGCCUUUCUGUUCGAAUACCCGCACCCGGAUCGCAAGCAACGAAACUCCCGCCGCGGGCUGACUAAGACGGCCAUGUACGCGCGCCUCAAGACUGCCGCGGUCGCCGCUGGCGUGAACCUGCCUCCCGGACAUAGUGCGCGCAUCGGCAGUACCCUGUGGCACCUGCUUAAUGGCACACCACCGGAUGCCAUGAAGGUCAAAGGCCGCUGGGCCACCGACGAAGCAUGGUCCAAAUCACGCGUAUUGUCCUUCCCACUGCACGUGGGCACUAACAUCCCCCUCGUUGUCCAGGUUGGCCCCUCAAGUCGGCCGGAAGCCCCGCGCGCUUCGCCCUUCCGCCGUGCAGCCCCGAACGCGUUUUCCGUGCGCAUCGAAUCUCGCAUCGAACUUCGCGCCACUCCGCGCACACAGCGCGACGCGUUUCCGCUGCCGGCCGAGGCCGCUGCGCGUGGGCUUCGCCCACCUUCUCGUAGCACUGCGUCUCACGUCCCGCUCGUCAGCAUGUCCCGACUGCCAUCUCGUCUUCCUCAUGUAUCUAUUUGUACAUUUUACAUAUCGGUCCGAAUGACAGUCACUCCUCCCGAGUCUCACCUUCCUCGCGAAGAGCGCCCGCCAUCCAUAGAUGAUGGGAAGAGGCAGAGGGCGGCGGAGGAAGCCGAAAUGAACAAGGCGCGUCGUUCGCGCUGCGCGCCUUCGGUCUGCCCGGGCUUGCUUCCAGCCACCAUCAUCUGCGUCACUUUCGGCCAACUGCCAAACCCACCACAACGACGUUGGUUCUGA